AUGCAGAUCUUUGUGAAAACCCUAACCGGGAAAACAAUUACACUCGAGGUUGAGGCCUCUGACACCAUCGAAAAUGACAAGGAAGGAAUCCCACCGGAUCAGCAACGGCUAAUCUUUGCCGGAAAGCAGUUGGAAGAUGGACGCACUCUUUCUGAUUACAAUAUCCAGAAAGAAUCAACUCUUCACCUUGUUCUCCGUCUUCGAGGAGGAAUGCAGAUCUUCGACAAGGAAGGAAUCCCACCAGAUCAGCAGCGACUUAUUUUUGCCGGCAAGCAACUAGAAGAUGGCCGUACCCUUUCCGACUACAACAUCCAAAAGGAGUCAACCCUUCAUCUCGUGCUGCGUCUUCGAGGAGGAAUGCAAAUUUUCGUAAAGACAUUGACUGGAAAGACCAUUACUUUGGAAGUGGAAGCCUCUGAUACAAUCGAGAAUGACAAGGAAGGAAUUCCACCAGAUCAGCAAAGACUCAUCUUUGCAGGAAAGCAGCUCGAAGACGGUCGUACCCUUUCUGAUUACAACAUCCAGAAGGAAUCAACUCUCCACCUGGUGCUCCGUCUCAGAGGAGGAAUGCAAAUCUUCGUCAAGACAUUGACCGGAAAGACCAUUACCCUUGAAGUUGAGGCGUCUGAUACCAUUGAGAAUGUGAAAGCGAAAAUUCAGGACAAGGAAGGAAUUCCACCUGAUCAACAGCGUCUUAUUUUCGCAGGUAAUAAUCUUUGGUGUACAACGGCGUCUCGCUUGACUGUGAAAGCAACUUGA